UCCCCAGCUGGCUGAAAGUAAGUCAACAGAGCCCCGGAAAUGUUUCCCGUAACUAAAUCGAGGGUUUAUGUCACCCUGAACAGGAGUAGGAAGUUGGUUUUUGCGGAUUUUUAGAUUUGGCUCAUGCGCACAAAGGCGCAGUCCUUUGGAGGAGACGUGUUGCGUUGGAUUAAAAAAAAUGGAGCGCGACUCCCAAAGUUGACUUCACCUGUUUUGGGCGUGAUCGCUGAAAGCUGCAGGCAGGUAUGGAGGCUGAGGCUGAGGCUGCAGGAGAAGAGCCGGACCGGAGGAAGGUGGCCGCGCUGAGCGCUCCUGCCCUGUCCGCCGCUCGCCUCACCUUACCGGGAGUCAUGGACGCGGAGGGGAGGGUGGACGAGACCCGGCUCAGGAUGCACAUCUUCAAAAACGGUGGCGUCUCUCCAUCGGAGCGAGGCCUUGUGUGGCGUUUCCUGUUCGGGAUGUACCCUUGCAGCUCCACAGCUUUAGAGCGAUCUCUGCUGCAGGAGCAACUGUUUGUGCGUUACCGGGUCAUGAAGAGGAAGUGGCAGCAGUUUCUCCCCUCAGCACUGCAGAUAUACCUCAACGGCACAGAUGCUAAGUUGAUUGAAGCUGUCAGGUACUUUGACCAGCGGGAAAGACGACAGCAGGCCCAGGACGAGUCCGAAGAGGUCAGGGACAGGCUGGCAUUCUUGGAGCUCCAAGCACAGAUAGUAUUUGAGCGGGUCACAUUUGACCACGAGGAGUUGAGAGAAGCCAUACGAAUCAUCGACAAGGAUGUGCCCCGAACCAACCGAGACCUGAGCUACUACCAGGAUGAAGGUUUGGGUAACCUGUUGGUUUUGAGAGACAUCCUCAUCACCUAUGCCGCUUUUCAUCCAGAGGUUAGUUAUGCUCAGGGCAUGAACGACCUGUGCAGCCGCUUCCUGGAGGUUCUGAACUCUGAGGUCGAUACUUUCUGGAGUUUUUCUUGCUACAUGGAGAAGUUUUCCAGGGAUUUUAGAGCUGAUGGCUUACACAGGAAAAUAGAACUGGAAGCAGCCCUGUUGAAGGAACUGGACCCUCCACUUUAUGCUCAUUUGGUCAAAGACAACAUGGAGAGCUUCACAUUCUGCCACAGGUGGCUACUACUGGGUUUCCAAAGGGAGUUUGAACACAGUGAUGCACUACGCUUGUUUGAGAUCCUGAGUUGUGACCACCUGGAGCUCAUCUCUCAGCAAGUGGACCGCGCCCGUUAUCAGGAAAGAUUGGCACAAGAGUACCGCACAGAGGAAGAUCCCGAGUCGGAGCUGCAGGCCUUCAACACUGACUUCACCUUUGAGCUCUUCAUCUGUGCAGCCAUCCUGCUGGAUAAUAGAGAGUCUCUGCUGCGAUGCCAGGAUGAUGUCCAGCUCAUCCAGUUUACCACCAGCCUUCAGGGAACGCUGGAGCUCAACAGCACACUGAAGAAAGCAGAGCACCAUUUCUACAACUACUGCAAGCGCUGUGCUUGGGACUAUAUGAAUGGACGCUGCAGAACAAGCAAAAGAAAACAUGAGGACUUUUUAGCUCAUCUCCUAAAUUUAUUUGUUUUGAAGUAAUAUAUAUCAUGUAAAUGACUAUGAAACUAUAGUUUUAUAACUGAAGAAAUACUGUAAUAUUCCUUAUGUGUGGUUGAGAUUGCACAUGUUUCAUUUACUUAACAUUCCUGAGGGAACUGCUGUCAUGAUAGCUGCUUAUGAUUCAAGUGAUGAAUUUAUUGGUAUGUUCAUUUUCUAUUCCCACUUCAUCCCGGUAAGGACCACUGGGGAGCUGGAGUGAGGUGUGUUACAUCCUGGAAACAGCCACACAUCUUCACACUCAGAAGUUAUUAGUUAUUGUUGUUUAGUAUUAUUGUACUGUAUUUAUUUUACAAAUAUGGACCAAACAGCUGUGAAUCAACUUGUUGGAUCUCAUGAAAAUGUAAUUUUAAAGCUUAACACGUUUCUGGCCCCACAAGGGCUUUAACUACCGUAAUGCCUUUCAGGAGGUUAUGUAAUGGUGAAAUGCUCGUGGCAUGUAGAUGUGGCACGUUGCAGCAGGUGCUGUCAGUUACAAACUGCAGUUACAUUUGAUGCCUCACAGAGGCAUAUGCAGCAAGAAUAUAUGAGCUCCAGCAGAGGGACUGUGCAGUGACAGGGAAGAGAAAUGCUGAACAAGCUGUGCCUUUCAUGAAGAAUUAAAGUUUCACUGUAUGAUCUACAGUUAAAACAUUUGCCUCAAUAAAACUUGUUCAAUUUAAGAUUAUUUAUAAUGUAGUCAUGGUAAUAUUAGUGUUAUUACAAAUGAACACGAGGAUUGUGUUUUGUGUAGUUUUUUGAAUUGCAAAGUAUUUUAAAAUGACUUUGAAUUCAUUAGUGAGGAACAGAGUAAUCAUUACCUCAAAAAGAACUCAAAUAGUACUCAUGCAUGUGGUGGAUGCAAAGGUCUGAACAGACCAUCUGUAUCUCAAAGAAGAUCACUGCUAACAUUUUAUGUCUUUUUAAAGUGAGUCAAUGGGGCAAGCUGUCUGUUUUUGUUUCCAAAGGCGUACAGCUCACUC